UACUCCUGUCCAAGACCAAACCAGGAUUCCUCGUGAUUCCCCCAAAUUGUUUAUUCGCAGACAAAGACAGAGCAACAAACAGAGAAUUCACGGCUAAGGGUUGUCAAUUCCAGCCAGCGGCCAAAGAUUACGUACUACAGAAGAUGACCAUGACGGGAAAAUCUUGCCCAUAACGACGAGGAGAAGGAAAAGAAGAGGAAGAAUUAGUGGAUGACCAUCCGAUUGAGGAAGUGAGGCUAACAGUUCCAAUCACCGACGAUCCAACCCUACCAGUAUUGACAUUCCGAACAUGGGUUCUGGGGCUCGCUUCAUGUGUGUUUCUGUCUGUGUUGAACCAGUUCUUUGGCUUCCGUUACAAUGGUCUUGGCGUUGGAGCUAUUUCAGCACAGAUUCUGGUCUUGCCACUUGGAAAGUUGAUGGCUGCCUCUCUUCCAAGAACAAAAUUCAGGGUUCCUUUCACAAACUGUUCGUUUUCACUGAAUCCAGGGCCAUUCAAUCUCAAAGAACAUGUGCUGAUCACCAUAUUCGCCAACUGUGGAGCUGAUGGAACUUACGCCCUCUUCAUCAUUACUGCUAUUAGGGCCUUCUACCACAGAGGCAUCCAUAUUGUUGCAGCACUGUUACUGGUUCAAACCACUCAGCUGCUUGGAUAUGGAUGGGCUGGACUGUUCAGGAGAAUUUUGGUGGAUUCACCUCAUAUGUGGUGGCCUGGAAAUAUGCCCCAAGUCUCACUAUUCAGGGCAUUGCAUGAAAAGGAGAAGAGACCAGCAGGAGGACAGACGCGGCUGCAAUUUUUCACCCUUGCUUGUGUAUCAAGCUUCGCUUACUACAUAGUUCCUGGCUACUUAUUCCCUUCCAUAUCAGCACUUUCAUUUGUGUGUUGGAUAUGGAAGGACUCGAUCACUGCUCAACAGCUUGGUUCAGGGUUGAAUGGGCUUGGAAUUGGCUCGUUUGGUUUGGACUGGUCCACUGUUGCUGGGUUUGUGGGAAGUCCUCUAGCCACACCAUUGUUUGCCAUUCUCAAUACCAUGGCUGGUUUCUUCAUCUUCGUUUAUGUGAUUUUGCCGAUAGCUUACUACAACAAUGCAUAUGAAGCGAGGAGAUUCCCCAUGCUUUCACAACAGACUUUUGACAGUUCAGGUCAACCUUACAACAUCACGAGGAUUCUCAACGAGAAAGAGUUUGACAUCAAUCUUGGUGAAUAUAAUAGAUACAGCAAGCUCUAUCUCAGCUUCACUUUUGCUUUCAACUAUGGAAUCAGUUUUGCUGCUCUAAUGGCGACUUUCACACAUGUUGCACUUUUCGACGGAAAAUCAAUUUGGGAGCAGUGGCAAAGGGCUUCAAGUGGAAUGAAAGAGCAUUUUGCUGACAUCCAUACAAGAACGAUGAAAAAGAACUAUGAAGCCGUUCCUCAAUGGUGGUUUUUGGUGAUUAGUGUUGUAUCGCUAGCACUUUCUUUCGUAGCCAUUGAAGGAUUUAACAAACAACUGCAGCUUCCAUGGUGGGGACUCAUUAUGGCAUGUAGCAUCGCCUUAGUUGUCACGUUGCCCGUUGGGAUAAUUGUGGCCACCGCGAAUCAGGGAGUUGGAUUAAACGUACUGACAGAGUUGAUUAUUGGAUACCUAUAUCCUGGAAGGCCUCUUGCUAAUGUGACCUUCAAGACCUAUGGCACCAUUAGCAUGGGACAAGCUCUGAAUUUUCUCUCAGACUUCAAACUAGGACAUUAUAUGAAAAUCCCUCCUAAAUCCAUGUUCGUCGUUCAGUUAGUAGGUACCGUAGUUGCCACGACAGUCCAAUUUGCAACAACAUGGUGGAUCCUGGGUAGCAUUAAGAACAUAUGCGAUCCAAAGAAGCUACCAGAGGGAAGUCCAUGGACAUGUCCUGGAUACGAUGUCUUCUACAGCGCUUCGAUCAUCUGGGGAGUGGUAGGCCCGCUCAGGAUUUUCAACGAUCUUGGAGUGUACCCUCAAAUGAACUGGUUCUUCCUAUUUGGGGCGCUUGCUCCAGUUCCGAUAUGGCUGCUGUCGCGUAAGUACCCUGAGAAGAAGUGGAUCAGGCUAAUCUACAUGCCGGUUUUCAUUUCUGGUAUGGGCGGGUUACUUCCUGCAAAGCCAAUUCACUUCCUGUCAUGGGGUGCUGUUGGAGUUUUCUUCAACUACUACAUAUACAGGAAGUUCAAAGGAUGGUGGGCUAGGCACACUUACAUUCUGUCAGCUGCUCUUGAUGUCGGGAUCGCUCUGUUGGGUUUGUUGCUGUACAUUGCGCUUCAGAGCAAGGAAAUCUAUGGGCCGCAAUGGUGGGGUCUCGAAGCCGACGAUCAUUGCCCGUUGGCGAAAUGUCCAACGGUUCCUGGUAUUGAUGUUCAGGGGUGCCCUAAGAUUCACUGAUGAGCAUGCUUAUUUAUUUGAAUGAUAGAGCUCUUGUGAAUUGUGAUGAUGAAGUAUGCAAUUGUAGAUUUGAGUUUCAGCAAGCAAAGAGAAUGGAGGUUCGUCUUAGAGAUAAGAAACUGGGACUACUACAUGUGAAGAAGUAAAGUUUAUAAAAAAUAGUUGGCCAAAAUGUCACAACUAGCUAGAAUUGUGAAAUGUGUGGAAUUCUCUGGAGGUUGUAUUAAGGUAGUGGGGGUAAACGGUGGUGAUAAAAUCAAUAGUCAAAAGUGUGUUUCUACGUAGGGUUAAUUGCACCAUGUGCCACUUAAAUUUACUAUUUGUUGCAAGUUAACCACUUAGGGAUUUUUUUUCUCUCUCGAGCAUUUUCACCUGCUUUCUCGCGAUCACUUA